AUGUCUCUCCAAAAACAGAGCGAGGAUGGCGAAUUAAUAAUCGAACUGAUAAAUGAUGUGGACGAUUUUAUUCAGGCCUUUGAUUGUGUGUCCGAAGCAUUUGGUCGCCAGGCCGAGGAUGGUAUCUGGAUAGCCAUGAACCCAGGUUGGGAUAGCCCAGAAGGAAGGGAGCGUGGGGCAUCCCGCAUGGCUGAUCGAUGGCGCCACACAACAUUUGAUUACAGGGGAAACCCGAACACCUUGUUUCUGAAAGCUACGCUACUGGGCCCAGGGGGCGCAAGUAAACGAUCUAUUGUUGGUUUAGCCAUUUGGGUCCAGGCUUCCAGUGUUGAGGGCCAUGGUGACCCCCCAUUGUAUGAUCUUGAAGCUGCAAUGAAUCUUGGAGAUAUAUAUCCCGGAAACGAACCGGAACAACGUUAUCUUUGCCAGGCCAUUUCAUCUCUGCAGAAGCGCCGCAGGGAGGUCAUCGAGAAGAAGAUCACGGAACUCCCACCAGCGGUAUUCGUUUUGGACCUGUGUGCUGUUGAUCCAAUGCAUCAGAGGAAAGGCAUCGCGAAAGAGCUCGUAAAAUGGGGUCUCGCUGAAGCUCGUCGCCGUGGAAAUUUGGAAGCCAUCACCGAAGCGUCCAUCAUGGGGCGGACUGUUUAUUCGCGAAUGGGUUUCAAGCCCGAAGGUGUUGACAUUGAGUAUUUUGUCGAUGAUGAAUUCAGUUCUCGCAAGAGACCAGCCAAUAUCUUCAUGCGAACCCGCUGA